AUGAUCAAAGGCGCUCUUAUUAAUCAACUUGAAGAACACGAAAGUAUGCAAUUAAUCAUUAUUACCAUACUAUUUUUCUUCCAUCUUUAUGAAAAUACCAAAUCAAUAGAAUAUCAAGGUGAACAAAAAGAAUGUACUUGUGAAUGUUGUUUAGAUGAUAAUGAAAAUUGUAUUCCAACAUUCCGAUCAAUUAUUAAUAUAAAUCCAUUAUUAGGAUGUAAUAGUGUAACAUGUAAUCAACAAUCAUGUUUAACAUUUUCUCAAUGUUCAAUUGCAUUUGGGUAUCGAUUUUGA